GAUAUCUGAAUUGUGACUACGGCUGUCAAUGCAGCCAAUUACGUCCCGGGAAACACAGCUCGCGGCUCAACAGCUUGUUGUCCGUGUAUCGCUUUUGCAGCCCGAGCUAGAGAGGAAGCAACGGCGAAUGUGAAUUGACCUGAAAUCUGUCGGGCUGGAAUCCCUGGACUAGCCGGAGAGAUGAAGGCAGCAGACGAGCCUGCCUACCUGACAGUGGGGACAGAUGUCAGUGCCAAGUACAGAGGCGCCUUCUGUGAAGCCCAAAUCAAGACUGUUAAACGCAUGGUCAAGGUCAAGGUGACUCUGAAAGGUGAAAGCACUUCCCAGGUAGUGCAGGACGACCAGGUCAAAGGACCUCUGAGGGUGGGCUCCACUGUGGAGGUGAGGACCAGUGAAGGUCUGUGCAGCGAGGCCAUCAUCAGUAAGCUGACAGAUGCCAGCCUCUACACUGUAGUUUUUGAUGAUGGUGAUGAGAAAACUCUUCGUCGAACUUCCCUGUGUCUGAAAGGAGAGAGACAUUUUGCAGAGAGUGAGACUCUGGACCAGCUGCCAUUGACGAACCCAGAGCAUUUUGGCACCCCAGUCAUCGGGAAGAAAUCGAACCGAGGCGGAAGACGCUCAUCCCAGGCCGUAGCUGAUGAGGAAAAUGACACUUCAUCCAGUGAAGAAGAGGAAGAAGACAAGAAGCAGCUGGCUGAUGAGCUGCUGGGACAGAUCUGCAGCAUAGAGAAUGUGGUGGACUCUGCUGAUUGGUUCAUGGCUCUGGUGGUGCCCCCCAGUUGCAAUGAUGAGCUGCUGGUGAAGAAGGAUCAGUGUCUGGUCAGGUCGUUCUGUGAUGGCAAAUUCUACACGGUGGGGAGGAGACAUGCACACAUUGUUAACUCCCUCAGCAUUGGCAACUCCCAAUUUUCUAACAGGAAAGGUAUUGAAGGAGCCCAGAGGUUUCUGAGGUGCAGAGAGAUUCCCGAAGUGUGGAAGAUGGACAUGAGUCAGAUUCUUGACUCCUCCUCUAGUGAAGAUGACAAAGAUGACAAGGAAAGUGAGGAAGAGGAGGAGGAAGAAGACAAUGAAGAGGAAAAGAGAAAGAAACGCAUAAAGGGGGAGCCGGAGGAGGAGGCAGACCCUGAAGAGAAGGAGAACUUCCUCCAGCAGCUCUAUAAAUUCAUGGAGGACAGAGGCACUCCUAUCAACAAGCCCCCAGUGUUGGGUUAUAAAGACCUGAACCUCUUCAAGCUCUUCAGGCUGGUCUACCAUUUGGGAGGCUGUCGUAAGAUCGAGUCUGGCACCGUGUGGAAGCAGGUCUACAUGGAUCUGGGGAUUCCUGUCCUCAACUCAGCUGCGUCCUACAACGUCAAGACCGCCUACAAAAAGUAUCUGUCUGGCUUUGAGGAGUACUGCUGCGCCGCCGGUGUUACCUUCAGAACCAUCCACCAUAACGAGCCCCGACACAACAGCAUCCUGGCCAAUCAUAAAAAGAGUAAAGCUGAGCUUAAGGAGUCCUUCACAACCCCGGUGAAGGCAGAGUCUGCUGAUGACAAGAGGAGGGAAGCAGAUUCAGAGAGUGAGAGUGAAAAGGAGGUGAAGGAGAGACAAUCGUCACCAAGGGGGAGGAGGAGGGGCGUGGGGAGUCGGGGGAAACUGCCUGCCAAGCCAGACAAUGCUGGACGGGGAGGAGCAGAGAACAGCGAGGAGCAACAAAGAGAGGUGAGGAGGCGCAGCAACAGAAGGCUGGAUGACUCGGAGAAAGGCUCUGAUGAGGAGGAAGAGGACGAUGAGGAGGAGGACGAGGAGGAAGAAGAAGAAGGGGAAGAGGAGAUGAGAAGAGAACAUGGAAGUGAAGAUGAAGAGGAUGGAGACUCUUUGGCUGGAACAAAAGUCAGGGUGAAGUACGGCAGAGGAAAGACCCAGAAAAUCUAUGAGGCACACAUCAAGAAGACGGAUGUGGACAACGGAGAACAGUUCUUCCUGGUUCAUUACUAUGGCUGGAACGUUAGAUACGAUGAAUGGGUGAAGGCUGACCGCAUCAUUUGGCCUGCAGAGAAAGGCACGAAGAAGAGACAGAGGAAAAAAGUAAAGAACAAAGACAAGGAAGAACCAGAGAAGGAGAGAGAAAAGGAUGAAGAGAAGUCGGCAUCCAUAACACCUCUGAAGCCAACAGGCUUAAAGCGUGGUCGCCCUCAGAUCAGGACCCCGCCCUCUAGCUCCUCAGGACGCAGCGUCUCCAAAACCCCCAGCAAUGAGGGCCAGUCCAAUGGCAAGAGCAACCGGGCAGACGGCACGCCCAACCUGGCCAAUGGGAACGAUACUUCUCGCAGGAGAACCAGGAGGACUUCUGGCAUGUAUGAGUCAGAUCAGCCAUCCAACGAAGAUUCUGGAAACUCCUCCGAUGACAGCGAAGCAGACGACGGACCAGAGAAAACCGACGAAGCGUCGCCAUGGCAAGGAAGAUCUGAACCUGAAACCUGCGAGCCAGAUGAGGAGCCAGCGCAGCCUGAGGAGCAGAAGGAGCAGAAGGAGACGACGACGGAGGCAUCUGUAGCUGAAGCUGCUGAUGACAGCAGCACGGUGGCCUCAGAAGCUGCUGCUCCUCUUCCCCCCGAGCUCACCACACCUCUGUGUCCCAGCAUGCCUCAGGAGAAAGCAGAUGAGGGGCUGAACCAAUCAGAGGUCAAACAGCAGGAGGAGGAGCCUGCAGAAGAGCCCAUGGUGUUACCAGUUCAGCUGGAGAAGGAGACUAAAACGUGUCCAGUGACGAGGACGUUGCCCGUCCCAGACAAGAAUAAAAUGUCACCUGGACAGGAGGUGCUGGUGGACGCGUCCCUCAGCAGGACGUCUCCAUCGCCUGAGAAACAGCAGACAGCCGCCUCCUCACCUAGCACAACCGAGGAUGACAGUCGUGCUGCUCCCCCUUUCUCUCCCAGGGGUAAAGGUCGCAGGGCCAAUCUCAGAGAGGCAGCCUCUGAGACCCCUCCCACAAUCCCUCACUGCAAUGCUAGCCCCACUCCCAACCUUCCCCCCAGCCCCCUGCAGGCAACGCUGCUAUCCACUCCUCCUCGUGGCAUCAUCAAGAGACAAGAAGAGCCCAUGGUGGUCCUUCACUGCCUCCCAUCCCAGCACCUCCCUACCAAGUCCCCCUCUGUUAACUCGGACACAGAUUCUGCCACCGAGGAGGAGGAGGAGGAGAUGUUGCCUAAAGAGAGGAGCGGCACACCGCUGAAACGCAAGGCAACAGAGCAGAGAACGCCUGAGAAGAAGCUGUGCACUGACGGGAGGCAGGAAGAGCCUCCCUCAUCCCAAGCCUCCUCUGCCGUGCCCAAACCCGCCCCUCCAUCCCAGCAGUCAGAGCGGAGCAGUGAUGGAGGAGGGAAACCAGAGGACUGCUCCCAUCCUGGAGAGGACAAGCAGAACGUUGUGGCAGAGGAGAAGCUGACCUGUGCUCCACCCGAGCAUGUGGAGGUGCAUGCUGGGACAGCUCUCCUUGUGACAGAGGCCCAAGGCCCCACCCCAGCUGAAGAACUGGAGCCACAGAUUGGCCCGGAAGCACUUGUCUGCCAUGAGGUGGACCUGGACGACCCUGAUGAGAAGGAAAAGCCCACUUCCUCAUCAGAGCACCUCCUUCUCAUGAUGCGAGAGCAGAAACAGGCUCCUCCCAUUCUGCCCCUUGUCGUCCACUCCUCCCUGUCCUCCAGCCACAGCCCCCACCUCCCCCAGCCCCAGGUCAGGCCCUUCCUAAUAGCUGCCCCUCCCGCUGCCUGUCCUGAGGAGCUCCACCCUCCCAAGGAUUGUGCUGAGGAGGAGCGAGGCUCAAACAGAGGGGAGCAGGGGGGAGACUCUAGUCCUGGCUUUGAGGGAAGCACCUCCUCCUCCUCCUCCCUCCUGUUUAUGCAGGAAAACAAGGACAGAGGUCAGAAGAGGGUGAAUGACGUAAAUUCCAGCCCAACUGCCAAGAAACACAAAAGGAACCAGAAACGGACACACACCCCGCCCAAGGCCGACAAGAACGGAGCAGGACACAGCAGUGACAGCGAGGACCAGUCUCGUCUCUCGUUGUCCAAAUCCCAGAAAGGCCGUUGUCCGGCUCUGUCACCUCCGUCUUCACACAGUAAAGAAAAGCCCAGCUUCCCCUCUCCCCAGCGAUCCUACAAGUGGACCCUGCAGCUUGACGAGUUGGACAGCAUGUCGAGCACCGAGAGGAUCUCGUUCCUGCAGGAGAAGCUGCAGGAGAUCAGGAAGUACUACAUGAGCCUCAAGUCGGAGGUGGCCUCCAUCGACAGACGCAGGAAGAGGCUAAAAAAGAAGGAGAGAGAAGUGUCCAACACAACAGCGUCCACCUCCUCAGGCUCCUCAGACACAGGCAUGAGUCCGUCCUCCGCCUCACCUGCCCAGAACACCGUGGCAGUGGAGUGCAGGUGAUGACACGCCCACUCGGUGCGCAUCCCACAACCCCCCGUCCCCCACCACAGACUUUGGCCACUUAAAUCAGCUCUGAGGACACUGUGCAGAGAGGUGGACUGAGCUACUUGCUGUGUGUAGCUGUGAGGUGGGACGGGUGCAGUUACAGAGAGGACCCUGCCCUUCUCACCUGUGGAGGAGGGGCCGCCCACUCGCCUGAGGACAGACUUUCAGUUUGAGGAGACCACUGAGAGUGGGCCUUUUGUUGCACUUGUGCAGACCUGUCCCCUCUUUUGCCCUUUGCUGCAGGGUGCCAAUGGCUCUGUUCUUAUUUCAGAAUAAUCUCACAGGUCCUGUUUGCUUUCAGGUUCAGCAAUGUUUGGGUCUGCUUAGUUGCAGCAACCGUUCCAGAAGCUGACAACGACUGCCCACCCGCCAUUUUAAUGUUAACUUCUUACUGAGAAACGUAUAGGAGGAAGUAGCCGGACCUCCACUUUCAGUUUUAUCUCGUAUGGUAUCAAAGCUUUUAUUUUAAUACGACUGUGAGAGAAUAUUUGUGAACUUUUAGUUCUCAUGUAAAUGAAUUGUAAUACUCUGACGGUUCUUUGCUAUUUAUUGGCUUUGUGAACAGAAUUUCUUACAUAGUUGUUUUUUUUUCCCCUCUUUAGAAAAAAUUUUGACAAAAUUUCUCACUGACAAGUCAUAAUUUAAGUUGAAAUUCUUAUAAAUGUAUUUCUUUUGAUCAGCCUUUUAUGCAUUUAUAAGAUGUUAUUAGAUUUCUUUAAAUAAAAUCUCCAAGCUGACCAAGUAUCGGUUCUCAAAAUUUCAAACGGUGAUGAAAAUUUGUUCUGCCCAUAAACACACUUGAGAGCACAUGUGAAAACAACCUUUAAACUGUGAGUUGUUCUGAAAACGGAAAACUUUAGAGUACUGAAAUGGACCUGACUCUGAGCCUGUUUCUGGACUCGUAGCUUGGCAUAGACGUUCUGGUCCUGGUCCUGACCUUCCUCUCCUGUUCUGCAUCGGGUCACACAGACGGCGGCUGUCACCUCCUCCUCAUCUGCUUGUUUUGUACAUAAAAUGUUAAAAGAAUGAAACCACACCUGUAUUUGAGAGCUACAUUUUACACACCCCAAAAGAAUAAUUUCUAAUAUUUUCUAAGAGAUUGUUUGUACUGUUGUAUUGUUUACUCCUUGGUUGUUUGUGUUUUGCUGGUGGAGAUUUGAGAGCAAAAAUGUAAAUACAGAAACGCACACAAGCCAUGCUACAAGUGUGCGUGUGUGUGUGCAACAAGCAGCGCUCUCGGUUUCUAAUAAAGUUUUUAACCAGG